AAUAGCAUAUUUCCCUUUUAUUUAUGAGUCUUCUGCAAAACUUUGUUCCCUGUUCUCGAUAGAGCCAUUGUUUUGCAUGCUACAAUGCGUCUGACUCCUAUGCUUCAGCAAAUUAGAAAUGGGAUGAAGGUAUACAACCUUCUGGAUGUGAUUGGGAAGCAUCAAACUCUCUGCUCAAACCUGUUUGUCCCCAAAGAGGAUGAUGACAGACCGGAUGCUGAUUACAUAAUGAGUAUCCUAGUCCCUGAGCUGAGUGAGAAGGGAAGUCCAAGGCAAGCAAGAGAAAAUGCAAUCAUCAACUUCCUCCAGGACUUUCUACAAGACCUGGAAAUCACAGGUCAGAAUGAAGACCAGCAAAUGUGUGAGCCUCUGACCCAAGAGGAGCUGCUUAGUCAAGAAGGGCACUGGAAUCAACAAACACACGUGAGCCUGUCUGUCCCGACAGUGAUGCAGUGGUUAACUGGACAAAGGCACAAGCCCCUUCUUCCAUCAGAGAGGGCCGAUUUUAAAAUAAAUCUAAGAUUUGAACACCACUGUAAUGAAAAAAUGCCAGGUCACCAAAUUUGUUUCCCACUUGUAAGUGCCUGCACAAAUACAAUAACUAUUCCCGUUGAACAUAUGAAAACAUACAAGGAGUUCAGAGAUAUAUUGACAGUAGCAAUCAGAAUGGGUAGAGACUUUGGGCGAGUUUAGAGGUCAUUUUUUGACCACUGAUGUGUACUUCUCCAAAUCAGGCAGUAUUGUGAAUUUUUGGCAUUUCUAAUGGCAUUUUUGUUAAAUGUGUUCAGUGAGCUAUUUAUUAUUCUGUGAGAGUCUUAACAAAAAAAAAAGACAGCUAGCACAAAUCAAACCAUAAAAAUGGCUCAACAUUAGUGUUUGGUUCUUCCAUUGUUUUAAGUUGGGACCACUGCUGACCCUUUAUUCGAAAAAGGUCUUAAGAACUCUGUAUUUGCAUUUUGUUUACAGAGCACUGACAAAUGUACAUGUAAUAUAAACCUUGAAAUGUGAUGUUCUUCAAUUCAGUGUUACUUGUACUAUUGAAAAGUUGAAAUUGUUCAGUUUACCACAUACACAUUAGUUUCAACAUGUAUAUGGGGCAAAUUCAUGUCAUCCAAGUGGAAUCAAAUGU